UGGCAGGGACAGAAAAACCACGACUGGUGUUUGUAGUUCAAACCUUUUUUUCUAAAAAAAAAAUCACAUGCAAAGAUCAGAUUACGCUUAAUGUCCCACCGUCCACUUCCAAAGCCACUACGACUGGUGUUUGUAUUUAUAAUGUCUUGGGGAAUCUCCAAGUCAACACCUUGAUAUUAUAAAUACACAUGCACAUGAAGCACGAGGACAAAGAAGUGAGAGAGCUCAAUUAAGCUUAGCUUCUUUAAUUACUCUUGUUUGCUCUCGUUAAUUACAUUUUUCUUUGUAGUGAUGGACCCUGAAGAUGUUGCUUCAGCUCCUUCAACACCUGCAACUCCAGGGACUCCUGGGGCUCCUCUCUUUGGCGGGUUCAAGCCCGAGAGAAGUGGCAAUGCCAGAAGAUCUCUUCUCAAGAGCUGCAAGUGCUUUAGUGUUGAAGCAUGGACCUUGGAAGAGGGUAGCUUGCCUACUGUCUCAUGCUCAUUGCCACCUCCUCCCGUCUCCCUCGCACGAAAGGUGGGGGCUGAGUUCAUAGGCACCCUCAUGCUCAUCUUUGCAGGGACAGCAACAGCCAUUGUGAACCAAAAGACACAAGGCUCUGAAACCCUCGUCGGCCUCGCUGCCUCCAACGGCCUCGCCGUCAUGAUCAUCAUUCUGUCGACCGGCCACAUCUCGGGAGCCCAUCUCAACCCAUCUGUCACCAUUGCCUUUGCUACCCUCAAGCACUUCCCAUGGAAACAUGUGCCAGUGUACAUUGGGACACAAGUGAUUGCAUCAUUGUGUGCAGCAUUUGCUCUCAAGGGGAUCUUUCACCCAACAAUGGGUGGUGGAGUCACUGUCCCUUCAGUGGCCUAUGGCCAAGCUUUUGCUCUCGAGUUCAUCAUUACCUUCAUCCUCAUGUUUGUUAUAACUGCAGUGGCCACUGACACAAGAGCUGUGGGAGAGCUUGCAGGAAUCGCGGUGGGAGCCACUGUCAUGCUCAACACACUUAUUGCAGGGAAAGCAACAGGAGCUUCAAUGAAUCCGGUGAGAACUCUGGGGCCAGCCAUAGCUGCAAACAACUUUGAAGCCAUAUGGGUCUAUUUCACUGCUCCCUUCCUUGGGACACUAGCUGGGGCGGGUGCUUACUCUGCUGUGAAACUGCCUGAGAUAGAUGGCACUACACGUGAUAAGCCUUCAACAGCCCAAAGCCUCAUAAGGUGAUCAAUUGAUAUAUUCAGACCUACACUAGUUAGAUAAUUCCAUUAGAAGACUUGAGAAUGUAAUAAAAUGAACAGUUCAACAUGGGCAGAGAGUUCUGCCCAAUGGAAAUCUGGUGGGUACAUACAUAUCAAAAUAAAAAUAAAAUGGGCCAUCCUUCAUGCAUAUAUCAAAUAUCUAGAUCAAGCUAGAGAUUUAAAAAAAAUAAAAAUAACUAGAGUAUAUUGAUUGGUGCUUGACCUUUAUAUAAGAGGAUUUGGAAGUGUGGACUGGGUGAAAUGUUUGUUGUCUUCUUUUUUGUGUGUCUGAAAUGUAACAGACUCAAGAACCUGGGGGCUUUUACAAAGCAUUCUUAUUUAGGUAAUUAUUUGCUCUUUCGACAAAGAUAACAUAUUUAUGUAUCAAUGACUUGUUUGAUCA